AUGCUCAAUAGAUUGCCAGGACUUGGGUUUACUCCAAUUAAUGCCACUCUUAGAACCCUUCAUUUUAUUGGAGGGAAAUCUCAAUCUAGAAUUUUAAACUACAGAAGCAAGACAUCUUUACAUAUUUUUCCAACGCCAAAAGAUAAAAGAAGCACAAAAAUUGGUAGUCAAAUUUCUAUUAUUAAUCAAGUUAAUACUAUUAAAAUCUUAUCAAAGAACAAGCUACUACAGCAUAUUAAAUUUUGUAGAAAUUUUGGUCAUGGUUUUAAUGAUAGAUACAUUAGACUAAAUCGUUUCCAACAAUUCCAAAGAACCUCUAUGAAUUCUAAUUCUAACUCUAUUGGGAAAAUUACAAUAUUGGGUCUAGGUCUAAUGAUAGGUAUAUAUUUUGGUUCCCCCUUCUUGUUUAACAAUGUGCCCCCCUUCACUUACUUCAGAACUAGGCCACGUGAAUUGGUAUAUACAUUAUUGGGUAUAAAUUGUGCUAUCUUUGGGUUAUGGCACGUACCAAGGUGCUGGAAAUUUUUACAAAAGUAUAUGUUGUUGCAAAAGACAAAUAUUCAAAGCAAAUGGUCUAUUAUCGGUAGUUCAUUUUCUCAUCAAGAAUUUUGGCAUUUAGGUUUCAAUAUGCUAGCAUUAUGGUCAUUUGGUAUCUCAUUAGCAAACAUGUUGGGUGUUUCUAACUUCUUUUCGCUAUAUAUGAAUAGUGCUAUUGCUGGCUCGUUAUUUUCUUUAUGGUACCCAAGGAUAGCCCGUUUAGCUCUGAUGGGACCAAGCCUUGGUGCAAGUGGUGCUCUUUUUGGUGUAUUAGGUUGUUUCUCUUAUCUGUUUCCGAGUGCAAAGAUUCUACUGUUCGUCUUUCCAAUUCCAGGUGGUGCUUGGGUCGCCUUUCUGGCAUCUAUGGUUUGGAAUGCAGCUGGAUGUGGUUUAAGAUGGGGUUCUUUAGACUACGCUGCACAUUUAGGUGGCUCAUUGAUUGGUAUUGCUUAUGGUUGGUCUAUUAGCAAAACAAUGAAAAAGCAGCGUGCAGAAAGGAUCGAAAGGUAUUCAAGAUGGUUUUAA